AUGAACACUAACAGUUCAAACUCACAAUUUGUUAGAUCUUUAUCUGAUACUGAAAUCCCACAACAUGUUGCAGACGAGCCGAUAGCUGCAAAACCUUUACCACCAGGCUGGGAAGUACGAACGGAUAAUUCCGGUCGAACCUAUUACUUGGGUCAUAAUCGUCGCAGAACUACAUGGAUUCAUCCGAAUCCUCAAAAUGCAAACAUCACUGGUCAAUGUCAAAUUCAUGAAUCGGAGGCAAGUGCUGAAUUUGGCUCAUUGAUGUCUGACUGCACAAUGGCAUAUGAUCAUUUAAGUCAAAACGUUACUGGGACGCCCUGGGACGUACGCACAGCACCCUCAGGCCGCUACUAUUAUAUUGAUCAUGUAAACAAGAGGACAACAUGGCAAAAUCCACGUGUCAUCAGUCGUGAUCAUCAUGAACAUUCUAACUCCGAUGUCCAACCGGAUUCUAGUGAAACUGAAAUAGAAUCUUCUCCGCCACAAUCUUUUCAAGCCAGCACUAUCAAUAGUAUACUGGAAAAAGCCCCCGAUGUUCGUAUUUUUGAAGUAGCGAAUAAUGGUAGUUUACGGGAUAAUCCAGAAGAUGAAUGUGCCGUACUAUCUCGUCAAAUUGAUCAUCUUAGAAUACGAUCACCAGAUAUUGCUGGUAUGAAAUUAAUCCUCGAACGUGUUGAACAUUUAUCCACCAUAACAUUUAUGUGCGAUUCGAGUUCGCCAACGACUUGGAAAAAAAUUAUUAAAUGGCUUCAUGAAAAAGAAAAGAAAUACUCCAUAACAGCUGAUUAUCGAUCUCUUCAAGUAUUUCUGAAACAGAAUAUCGGCAUAUUAUCGAGAGUUGAAAGUUUGUAUCGAAUCAAUUGA